GUGUUGUUGGCUUUGGAUACCCAGAUCGCAGGUAUGUCGUGCGGUGCUUUCCCGGCGCGCGUUUCUUGCCGUCCAUUUGGAAGUUAGGCUGGUGGCUGCACUGUGGAGUGGCGGCGUCUGCAAGACUCUACCUCUAGCUCGACGUGAAAGACGGGACCUUCACCCGGCUCUUCAAGGCGCUUGCACUUGCGCUUGCCCUUCUCUUUAGGGCCCCUGUUGUGCCACGAUGCAGCAGGCUUUAGAACGAGCUCUGGACCGUGCGGAGUAUGUCAUUGCCAGUGCCCAGCAGAGGCCUCCUAAAAGGAAAGGCUCAGCGAGUGGGGGAGCAUCUCUGGAUGAAAAACUUUAUGACCUAUAUGUGGAAGAAUGCGGGAAAGAGCCUGAGGCUACGGAGGAAUUAAGAAGCAACGUGAACUUGUUGGAGAAGCUCCUGAGGAGAGAGUCGUUGCCGUGCUUAGUGGUCAACCUAUACCCAGGAAAGGAGGGAUAUUCGCUGAUGCUCGAGGGCGAAAAUGGAUCCUAUUCGGAGACCAUUCGACUGCCUUAUGAAGAAGGGGAGUUGCUCGAAUACUUGGAUGCUGAACAAUUACCUCCUGCUCUGGUGGAUCUCCUGGAAAAAUCUCAGGUUAACUUUUUUCACUCUGGGUGUGUCAUAGCCCAGGUACGGGACUACAGGCAGUGCAGUCGGGAACCUCCCGGCUACGCGAGCAGGCAUGUUCUCCUGCGGCCAACGAUGCAGACGUUAGCCUGCGACGUGCAGUCCAUGAGCAGCGAUGACCAGACCUGGACCCAGGAAGACAGGCUUUUGCUGGAGAGCCAGCUGAUCUUAGCUACGGCCGAACCGCUGUGUCUUGAUCCUUCUGUAUCAGUAGCCUGCACUGCAAACAGGCUGCUCUAUAACAAGCAAAAGAUGAACACUGGCCCCAUGAAAAGGAGCUUCAAGAGGUAUUCUGCACCCUCCCUGAACCGGCAGCAGGAGCUGUCUCAUCGUCCACCUCCUCCUGAGCUGAGAGUAUGGGCCUCUUGCAAGAAAAGCAGAGAAAGGCAAGCAGGUCCGCAGCACGACCUCAAAAUUUCUAAAGCGGGGAACUGCGUCGAUAUGUGGAAACAGAGACCCUGUGACUUGGCCGUACCUUCUGGAGUGGACGUGCAGAAAUACGCCAGAGGGAAGAAGUCCGCCAGAUACGAUGGCUCGCCACCGACGGCCUGGCCAGCCCACAAGGUAGAAGGUGAUUCCGUAUUGGGCUAUGAAGCUGGCGGCGAGUCUCAGACAGCGCAGCUGACUUCCAUGCAGCCGCCGGAUGACCCACCUUUGUCUGGAAGAAGAAGGCCCUGCAAAGAAGCCAGACGUGAGGGACAGGGGUCUCCUCCGCACUCCUCCACAGACGACCAUCCAGACAGUGUCCGGCCUGGCUCAAAGACGGAUGCUGGGACGGAAGCCAUUCGGUCAGCUGUCUUGGUCCAGCGCAAGGCCAAGUGUCCCGCCGCCGCGUCACACGGCUCCAGUGGCUCAGCCAGCCUCAGCCAGCCGCCUCCCGGGAAAGAAACAGCACAGCCUGAGACGGUGUCGGUUUGGUCUUCAGUCCUGGGGAAGGGAGUCAGCCAUCCACCUCUACGCUUCAGACUUUCCUGGAGCUCAGGAGGGACUCGGUCAGGCAACAGUUUCACCCCAGUGGAGGCAAGCGGCUUCUUUAAAUCUCCAGCUCCUGCUCCUGCUCCUGCUCCUCCCCCGAGUCUUUCCCAGAAUUCGUCUGUGGACGUGAAUCGAGUGAGCAUGUUUCCCGCAGCCGCCCUGUCCAGCAGCAGCUCGCCACAAGGAACCCUGGCCCCCCCGGUCACGGCCAACUCCCAGCAGUCCUCUGCGGGAGCGACUCGAGGUAGCCCGCUUCCUGCGGCCACACCGUCCACCGUGACUCAAGUUAGCAUGCUUCCCGCGGCCACCCUACCCACUACCGGCUCAUCACAAAGAAGCCUGGCCACCCAGGUCACGGCCUGCUCCCCUGGCCCCAACAUCAUCCAGCUGGCGGGCCCGGUCUGUGGAGCCCAGGCUUUGGCGAGGGGUUCCAGCCCCGGGCAGGGCUCUACCGCUGGGGCCACAGAUCCUGCGGGAAUCCAGCCCGGCAGCCUGCCCUCGGGAGCUCGGCCACCAAAUGCAGUGCGCACUGCAGCACAGGCUGCGUCUCCAGUCCGCGUUCAGUUUUUUUUAAAAAAUGCUUCAGGCCUCAAGCCGGUGACUCUGCUGGAGCUUCCGCAAGGUUCGCCCCCUUUGAACGCCCAGCAGCAGCCAGAGCAGCGGCUCUAUCAGUUGAUUCCACAGGAACAACUUCAGCAAGCCUCCGCUUCUGGUCCUUGGCAGCCAGUGCCACGGGGUCCCGGUGCCCGAGGCCCAGCCCCUCCAGACACGGCCUCACCUGCUCAGCAAGCCGUUGUCCUGAACCGCCUGGGACGGGGACUGGGACGGGGACAGGGACAGGGACAGGGGAGUUUGCUGCAGCCCCAGGCAGCUGUGUUGUCUCUGCUUGGCUGUGCUGCAGAGAACCAGGGAAGAGCCGGGCCGAGCGGCCCUCGGCACACGCUGCAGCUGUCCCCUGCCUCGCAGCCGUGGCCACAGCAGCAGGCGCAACAGCACAGAAUCUUGCAGCACCCGGUGGUCGUGACAACAGUAGCCACCCAGACGGCUCAGCCUUCUUGGGACCAGCGGGCCGCAAGCCAGUCCGAAGAAAUCACGAGAACGGUGGGUCGGACAGAGAUGAAGGAUUGCAACACUCGUAGCGCAACAGGCAGCAUGAGCUUCAUGUUUGCAUUGGUUCUCUUGCCCUACGCAUCCCACUGGGGCAACACAGAGGUGGGCCCAUACCUGCAGAAACAAGAGAAAGCCAUGGAAAAAUGUCUCCCAACAGACCGCAGGUGCUGGCGGCGGGAAUUCCCAGCCAACCUCUUUAAAUCAGCCCCCACCGCCAACCUGCAGAAUGUACAGAAAUAUCAUCUCCAAACGCCUGACUUCCAGCUGAUCGGGUUCCGCUUUGUCCUGUACACGUUUUCGCACAAACCUAAUGUGCCUCCUUCGGCCUCUGCUUUUACAAGGACAGUGAAACCCCAGAGACGCAGGCUGCUGUAG